AUGAAUCAGGCCGCCAACGUGCCUUCCUCCAUGUCAAGGGGUCAAUCGACGGAAGCACAAACACCAACACUGUUGGCUCCAUCAUCAACUUCAUCAUUGACAACCACGACCCCAUCCUUUUCAACAACGGACUCGGCAACUCAGCCGUCUUCUUCUCUGCACCCUAUCGCCAUCAACAACUUCAACACCAUCGAUAUUCCUUACACGGAGAGUAACUACAGCAGCAGCAACGUCUCUCCCACAUCAACUAGUACACCGGCCACCCCAAGUGCUGCUGCUGACACUCUUGCGGCUUCGAGCAGCCCGUCUGUCUCUGCAUCUGCUCCUGCUUCUUCGGCCUCUUCGACCAAAGCUCCUUCAGCUUCGACCUCGUCAGACGCAAGAGCUCCGACUGCAACAUCUGCUUCCUCCCAGGUCAAAGCGAAACGAGUCAGGACAAGUAAACCGAAAGUGAAGACAGGUUGUACCAACUGCAAUCGUAGUUCUCGUCCCUUUGAGGAGAUUCGAAUCGCCCCGAAACCGAUGCCGGUCUACGAUGCUCAUGCAUCCUCGAGUGCUCCCAUUGCACCUUUGCAGGGCGACUACCAUCUUCUACCACGCCGAGUACACCAACGAGCAGUUCUGAGAGCCGCCUCCCCUGGAACCCCUUCUCCGUCACCUACUACUUACCAACCGUCCGUGGCCCUUCAAAUCCAACCCAACGAGACGUUUUACUUUGACGUUUUCCGCUCGCACACGGCCCACGAGUUAUCCGGCUUCUUCAACAACCUUUUCUGGACCCAUUACGUUUUACAGGAAUGCCAUUCUGAAGAUGCUAUUAAAUGUGCUGUGAUCGCCCUGGGCGCCUUAUAUCAGACUCUGGAACAGACAGCUGUGCUCAACCUGCGUAGCGGGCAUGAUGCUAGCUCUGAUGCGCGUGUUGAGGUUGUGAGGAGUCACUGGCAAGUGGCCAUCAGACGUUAUGGUGAUGCGUGCAAUGCGUUAGUAAAGCUAAACACCCAAGACCAGAGAUCACACAGAACUUCCAUUAUGGCCAAUGUCCUUCUCGCUUGCUUCGACUCCUUCAUUGGUGAUCAUAGACAGGCUAUUCAUCAGAUCCAGACCGGACUCGGUCUGCUCGAUAUAUUCCGCACCCAACAAAGGCAACGACUGCUGCCAGCUUCAGAACAUUCUCUCGAGGAGGAACUCGUCACUAUCUUUACCCGACUGGCAAUCCAAGCAAAGUCUUACGACAUGGCUUUUCACUUCCCACAACCAUUCAGUAUACGGCUAAGCUCGCAAUCGCAAACGCAAUCCCCUGGCCAUAGUGGUACAAACACUCCCUUGCAAGAAGAGCCUAUCUCCAUCCCCGAAAACUUUACUUCCGUCAUCGAAGCUCGAGUAGCUUGUGAUACGUUAAAUGCUCGGAUCAUGCGAUAUAUCGAAGAACUCUUUUCCAUGAAGACGGAUCUGAGGGGCACACUUCCCCCAUCUUGGCUCGAUUAUGGUCUUUCGUUCAAAAAUCAUCUUGAUGCGUGGGCCAAGGCCUUUGAUAACCUGCUUUUCACGCGCCACAACCCUUCUGUUAGCCUACAAGAGAAGGCAGGAAUUGCAGCCUUGAAGAUGUUGGCAACCAAUUCGAGAAUCUUGUAUCUUAUGAUGUUCAGUGACAAGGAGUCCGACUUCGACAACUUCCUUCCUCAGUUCCAGACCAUAGUCGACUUGGGCAUCGAAAUAGUUGGCGACGAAGAGAGACGAGCCGCUGCGCGUGACUGCCCGAACCCUGGGCAGUGUCAGCAUCGACAACGCGAAACCUGGCAACCCCAGGACUUCUUCCCAGCAAUGGGAUUCUCGGCUCCACACAUCAAGCCUCGGUUUGCUGCCGAUCUCGGGAUCGUUGCUCCGCUGUUCGUCGUGGCUACAAAAUGUCGCGACCCAGGUACCCGGCGCCGAGCUAUUCAGCUGCUUCGCAGCAGUGCUCGCCGGGAGGGCAUGUGGGAUAGCGAGAUGGUGGCCAACAUCAGUGCCUGGGUCAUGAACCUAGAGGAGUCAGAGGCGCUCGUUAUGGGAGUUGAGUCAUAUCCUGCUGAUGGUAUCUCGAGGUCUAUACCCCGUAUCAUACCAGAAGGAAAGCGCUUUACGAUUCGAUCUGUCGACUUCGACUUGAGGACUCGUGUUGCAGACCUUCAUGUUGGUACCCGCGGCCUCCCACCCGGUGUGCCGGACCCAAAGUUCCGCCAAACCCGUUUGAAUUGGUGA